CUGGCUGUCAAUCCUGUGAGCAGGGAGACAGAGUUUAGGGAAGUGCCUUAUCUGUUGUUGUUCCCCCUCCUUUCCUCGAUUCCUUUGCAUCUUUUACCAAGAUGUCCUACCCGAAAGUGGUCAAGGACCCCACUAAGAUGGGAGUGGGCCGGGCUAUUGCUGUGCUAACGUCCGGAGGAGAUGCCCAAGGUAUGAACGCUGCUGUCAGGGCAACAGUCAGAGUUGGCCUGUACACUGGAGCUAAGGUCUUUUUCGUCCAUGAGGGCUACCAGGGCCUGGUUGAUGGAGGGGACAACAUCCGCCCCGCUACCUGGGAGAGCGUGUCCAUGAUGCUGCAGCUGGGUGGCACAGUGAUUGGCAGUGCCCGUUGCAUGGACUUCAUGCAACGGGAGGGGCGCCUGAAGGCUGCCGGCAACCUGGUGAAACUGGGCAUCACCAACCUCUGUGUGAUCGGAGGCGACGGUAGCCUGACUGGGGCCAACCAGUUCCGCACAGAGUGGAAGGAGCUGCUCAUAGAUCUGGUCAAAUCUGGCAGGAUCACUGAUGCUGAGGCCAAGGCCUCUUCCCACCUCAACAUCGUGGGCAUGGUGGGCUCCAUCGAUAACGACUUCUGCGGCACAGACAUGACCAUUGGCACAGACUCCGCCCUGCACCGCAUCAUGGAGGUGGUGGACUGCAUCACCACCACUGCCCAGAGCCACCAGAGGGCUUUCAUCAUGGAGGUGAUGGGCAGGCAUUGUGGCUAUCUGGCCCUGGUCACUGCUCUGGCUUGUGGAGCUGACUGGGUGUUCAUUCCUGAGAUGCCCCCAGAGGAGGGCUGGGAGGACCACAUGUGCAGGAGGAUGAUGGACACCAGAAGCCGUGGUUCCCGCCUGAACAUCAUCAUCGUGGCCGAGGGGGCCAUGAACAAACUGGGCAAGCCUAUCACCUGCGACCAAAUCAAAGCACUUGUGACUAAGAGGUUGGGCUUUGACACUCGUUCCACAAUCCUGGGGCACGUGCAGAGAGGUGGAACCCCCUCCGCCUUCGACAGAGUUUUAGGCAGCAGAAUGGGUGUGGAGGCUGUGAUGGCCCUGCUAGAGGCCACCCCUGAGACUCCCGCCUGUGUGGUGAGCCUGUCAGGCAACCAGGCCGUCCGUCUCCCCCUCAUGGAGUGCGUGCAAGUGACAAAGGAUGUCACCAGAGCCAUGGCGGAAGGCAAAUUUGAGGAGGCUGUCAAACUCAGGGGCAAGAGCUUUGAGAAUAACUGGAACACAUACAAACUCCUGGCACACGUGCAUCUCCCAGACGUCAAGAGCAACAUCAACAUUGCGAUUGUCAAUGUGGGUGCCCCCUGCGCGGGCAUGAAUGCAGCUGUGCGUGCCACCGUGAGGAUGGGCAUCCUCCAGGGUCACAGCAUGUUCGCCAUCCACGACGGCUUCGAGGGCUUGGCCCACGGACAGAUUGAACCAAUCACAUGGAACACCGUCGGUGGCUGGUCAGGAAAGGGAGGCUCCAUUUUGGGCACAAAGAGAGUCAUGCCGGCAAAGAUGCUGGAUGAAAUCAGCCUCAGCAUUGCCAAGCAUAGUAUCCAUGCCCUAGUCAUCAUUGGUGGCUUUGAGGCGUACUCUGGUGGUCUGGAACUGGUGAGGGGCAGGGAGAAGUACGAGGAGCUGUGCAUCCCCAUGGUGGUUAUCCCCGCCACUGUCUCCAACAACGUGCCUGGGUCCGACUUCAGCAUCGGUGCCGACUCAGCCCUCAACACAAUCACCACGACAUGUGACAGGAUUAAGCAGUCUGCUGCAGGCACCAAGCGCCGUGUCUUCAUCAUUGAGACCAUGGGCGGCUACUGUGGCUACCUAGCCACCAUGGCCGGCCUGUCAGCGGGAGCUGACGCUGCCUACAUCUACGAGGAAAAGUUUGGCAUUGCUGAACUGGAGAAAAAUGUAAGGCAUCUGACAGAGAAGAUGAAGACCACAGUAAAGAGAGGUUUAAUUCUGAGGAAUGAGAGCUGCAACUCAAAUUACACAACCGAUUUCAUCUUCAACCUGUACUCUGAGGAGGGCAAAGGAGUCUUUGACUGCCGUAAGAAUGUUCUGGGACACAUGCAGCAGGGCGGCUCCCCGACACCAUUCGACAGGAACUUUGCUACCAAGAUGGGAUGUAAGGCUGUCCUCUGGUUGACCGAAAAAAUGAAAGAGUGCUACAGACACGGCCGCAUCUUCGCUAACACUCCAACCUCUGCGUGUGUGUGUGGCAUGAGGAAGAGGGGCCUGGUAUUCAACUCCCUGUCAGAGCUGGCAGCAGACGUCGAUUUUGAGCACCGCAUCCCAAAAUCACAGUGGUGGCUGAAACUGAGGCCUAUUCUGAAGGUGCUGGCUCACUACGACGUGGACUUGGACACUUCAGAAAAGGCCGCUCUGGAGCAUGUUGUAGUAAGAAGAGCCUAAAAAAAGGAACCCUAAAUAAAUUAAAGACAAAACGGGAAAGUGGUUUAUCACAACAAAAGUUGUGUUGUCAUAUAAAGGUUUUUUGCUCACAAACUCUACUCACAACAUUAAAAACAAGUAACUACACAUCUACAAACUAGUUGAAAUUAAGGUAAUUUACUCCCUCUCUCUCUAUCUCUCUCUUCCAUAACUUUUUUGAUCUACCUCUUUAUUGUGUCUACAAAGCACUUUGUGCUUGGAUAUCUUUGCACGUACAAGGCUUUAUUGUGUGGGCUAAGUCCAAGCACAUAGACAUUAUUCCAACAUGGACCUUCCAUCAGAGACUGGAUCCCUAGUGCUGAAAUCUGGCUGAUGAGCUGAAGAAAUUGAGAUGAGGUUAACAUGAAUGUCGUUCAACAAUAAAAGUCAUUGUUAUA